ACCGGGCUGGAGCAUCAUCUCAAAUAGCGUGGUAGUUCUGUCAUGAAUCUGUUGUCGAGUGAAAAAGGAAUGAAUUAAAAUCGACUGCUAAACGACAGUUCAUUUGCAGAUCCAUGUGAAUGAAAUGAAGGGAAAGGCUGACCUAGCGAGCUAGCCAUGCAGGGCUUUUGUCUGUGUACAGCUCGCCCAGUUUACAGUGUAGUUAACGUUAUUUAUUUGGUUUUCAUACCGAUUAUUUAAAACCGAGAGAACUAACCAUUAUAGUCUUAGGAAGCUAAAGCUAGCUUCUUUCCCGGUCCACCUUAAAUGUAGCAGUUCCAUUAUGGCGCCUGCACCGUUUGAGGUGGAACUGGAAAUUCGAACAAGAAGCUGAUGAAUAGAAAAAAGCAAAAAACGUAUCCUUCGUUGUUGUCACAGCCUUGGGCUACACUGCGCUGAGUUGAACCAUAGCUAAUGCUAUUAAGCAUCACCAUAUUUUCUAUUUGAUGAAUUAAUGUCUCAUUGUUCAGUACAAGUGCAUCACCUUUUCAGAUAAGCUGACGAAGAAAUCACAUGGUGACGGGUCACAGUGUAGUUUUACAGGACAAAAACGUGUCCUUGACAAUAAUAGAUAGUGCUGCUUUCUACUGACUCAGUUGAAGGCCAGUGUUAUUUCUGUGAUCUGACUACAGGACCUGCUGAAAUAGUCUGAAUGCCUGUGCCCUAACCCUAACUAGUUGAAUUUGCACUUUAGCAAAAACAAACCUAUUGGUGGAGGAUGUAAAGACUUCAGAAACUCAGAAACUGUUUUAACCUCUGUGCAAAUCGUUUGACAUACAAACUUUGAGUGGAUCACAUAUAAAUGGAUUGUUUAUCAACCAGAUGGCUGAUUUAGAAUGAGCCGCAUACACUGUGCAAUGGACAACAGGACAUCUUCACCAGCACCCCAAGAAGAGCUUUUGAAAACAACAUUAUUUAGACAAGAGUCAAGUGGUAUAACAUAUAGAAUCCCAGCUCUAAUUUAUAUCAGUGAUGGCGAGACGUUCCUUGCCUUUGCUGAGAAGCGGAGCACAUCACGAGACUGUGAUGCAAAGAUUCUGGUCAUGAGGAGAGGAACCCAUCAGGAUGGAUCUAUCCAGUGGUCGCCUGCUGAGGAGCUCACCACAGCAUGUUUGCCGGAACAUCGUGCUAUGAAUCCAUGCCCAGUCUAUGAGAGGAAGUCUAGGACUCUUUAUUUGUUUUUCAUAUGCGUGUUGGGUACCACCACUGAGCAAUGCCAGAUCCGCACUGGUCAUAACAAAGCUCGAUUGUGUUAUGUUACAAGCAAAGACAAUGGACAGAGUUGGAGCAAAGCAACAGACUUGACAGAAAGUGUAAUUGGAAAUGAAAUUGUCAAUUGGGCUACGUUUGCUGUUGGACCUGGGCAUGGCAUUCAGAUGAAAAGUGGUAGACUUAUCAUUCCAGCUUACACCUAUUACAUUCAUGUUAGAUGUUUCCCUUUUCAUUUCCCACUAAUUGUGAAGCCCCAUGCUUUAGCAUUCUAUAGUGAUGAUUGUGGAAGUACUUGGCAAAUGGGAAAACGAGUAGAUAUUAAGUCUUGUGAGUGUGAAAUGGCAGAGAUCAUUGACCGAGACAGUAAGAGUCACUUGUACUGCAAUGCACGAAGCACACAAGGUCACAGAGUUGAGGCUCUGAGUGAGAGCAGUGGAGCUGCUUUUGAUAAACCUCACUUUGCACAGAAGCUAGUAGAGCCCUGCCAUGGCUGCCAGGGCAGCGUGUUGAGCUUUGCUUCACCUCAGCAUACCAGGCAGGAAGAAAAGAACUGCUUAACAUCAGACACAAAGACUUGGCUUCUGUAUUCCCAUCCAACCAACAGAAGGACCAGGAAAGCUCUGGGAGUGUAUCUGAAUACGUCGCCCUUCAGCGCCUCUGGUUGGAGCCAACCAUGGAUCAUCCAUCACGGCCCCAGUGGGUACUCUGAUCUGACCCAGUGUGGAGAAACCGAGCGCUUUGCCUGCCUCAUGGAAUGUGGAGUGAGGAGUGAGCUUGAAGAGAUAGCCUUUGUGGAAUUUUCUCUCUCUCACAUCAUGAACAAUCAGUCAUGAAACAAGACAUUUUAGAAAUAUUGUUCUUUUCCCCAAAUACAGCAUUUCCCACAGGUCUGAACAAACCUGAGGGAGUACCCUCACAGUAGGUCACUGGUAUCUGUAAAUAUCCAAACAAAAGAAAAUGUGCAUAUUUAGAAUUAGUACCUCACAAAUCAGUAAUUGACCUAUUCCUACUCCCUCCAUAAGUGUCUUUUGUAUCUAUCCGAUAAGAAAUUAUAGCUGACAAUUUUAUUUUUAUCAGAAUAUUGACACUUGAAGUGCAUUAUUCAUUUUAAAUGAGAUAAAUAGAUUACACCUUUCUUCUUUUGUGUGUGUAAUUGAACAACAUCAUGGUAGGAAAUUUGUUGCCGUUUACAAAGUGCCUGAUUUUGAUAAGCUACAACAUAUUUCAAAGUACAUUAUGUAGCAAAUCUAAAAACUAAAUUCAUUGAGUGAAAUCAGCAUUUUGUAAAACCUGUCUAAAGUAUUUGUGGGCGGAGCCUGAAUAGGUCAAUUGUUUUGGUGCUCAUGAGUCAAUUCUUCUUUCAGGCCUAGCUGUUGUUUUACUAAUUGUGUUACUAAUAUAGUACAAUCAAAUUUCAUUAUAUUAUUAAUCUAUUACUGUAAGUUAGAAAAUAGGAUAUUGGCAACUGAUUUGGUGAGGGACUCUUUUAUCCAUCCAUCCAUCCAUUUUCUAAGCCGCUUCUCCGUCAGAGUCGCGGGGGGAUGCCGGAGCCUAUCCCAGCAGUCUUCGGGCGGAAGGCAGGAUACACCCUGGACAGGUCGCCAGUCCA